AUGCACCCCCAGUGUUACGCCCAGGCAGUUGGCAACCCCGAAGCGUUGGAGAAAGACUAUGUAUCCAAAUUUGGGUGUACGGCGGGAUUACUAACUAGCGCCCAAAGCUCCCUUGGCCUCGACCGCUUGCCGAUCGCGAGUUGCGAAUUCAGGAUGACCCCAACCGCAGAGGCGCUACCGACCACCAUCUUCGCCGUCCCCCAGGAACUCAUAGAGCAAGUGCUCGUUCACCUCGCAAACGCUGGCUAUCCAAAUGCUAUAGCAGCUUUGUCUGAAACCUGCAAAUACUUCCACAAUCUGAUCUACAACUCAGACGAUCACCAUCUCUGGCGACAUAUAUUCCUGACGACGUUCGAUGAUCCUCGAGUCAUUCUGGCUCACCUGAGAUAUGCCAACGACUCUGGAUGCGUCCUGGGAAACUUGGACGACAAGUGCACCUCGCUUUCGUACCCUUGGGAAAACCAGUUCAAACGGCGGAUCAGCGCCGCGAGAGCGUACAAAGUGCACAUAAAAGACGGGACGCUCUGCAGCAUCGACCAUUUGAGGACAAUCGCGUCCAUCUUUACCACGAUUCUGCCGCUGAACGAUGUGGUGCUACACCCACAUCCCGAUCACCGCAUCUUGGCACCUGCUCUUUCCCCCUUGUCGUCUCUGACGGUAUCUGAUGAUGCCGUAUUCCUGCUAAGGCUCCUCGGUCUCGGUCUCCCUCUCUCAGCCGCUUCCGAAGUGCUCAAACGCAAAGAUAACGAGCUGCAACGGUUAAUAAAUACCCAGCUUCCGCUAUUCAAGCUUGCUUUCUACCUUGGCCUCGAACCCAGUGUCUCGCAGAUGCCAACGCCAUCGAGCUACGAAGAUAAGGUCAUGGAGAUAGAGGAGCGGGACAGACUCGCCGCGCGGAAGAGAGCGCGCCAGAAGGUGUACGACAUGCGGUAUACGACUGUCGAACAAUGCUGGGGUCCGUUCGUACUUCUGACGCCGACUGGGGAGGAUGCAGAGCACGCGGGACAUGAUGGAAGCAACUCACCCGUUGUACACAUCGCGAUCAACAUUGCCAACGCGUCACGCACUGCAUCGCAUUCAGACUCUGAUGGAGAAGAUAAUGAAUGGGAUGUCACGGACGACGAGGAAAGCGAUGAAGGUGACGAAGACGACGAAGCUCCGGAUAACCAUUAUAUCUAUCCUCCUACACCUCACCGGCUGAUACCCGACUAUAGCUGGCUGUCUGCCGCGAGGUUCAUUCUUGAAUGCAAUCUUCGCCUGUCAGCGGACCUCCAUUGGGCUCCAGAUCAUAGCGGCACUGAUUGGGGCCAAAUCGGGGGCCAACAGUUUGUUGAGUCGUUGAAAGAUGUUAAUUUACUCCGCUUUGGAGGUGCACCGGGAUUCUGGCAGCAUGGAUGGGCGAAGAAGGUAUACUUGGAGGCAACGGCAACGCCCGCGCCAGACACAGGCGAGGGGGAGCAAGAUCCUCUUGGAGUAGAACAUCGUGGAUGGGACUGGGCCGGAGUGGAAGGGAGGUGGCUGCGGACUGUUUCGUGGAUGGGGUACCCAGAUCUCCUUCAUCAUGAUCGCAGCAUAUCCCGUGGAACAGACAUAGAUCUAGACAUAGAAGAACAAAUUGGGACUUUCCCCCUGACACUCCGAAUUACUGGCUAUCUCCCACCGCCUGUUGCCCCGCCACCGAGUCAACUGCUCUCCGACACAGACGCCCUCGUAUACAAACUCCCCAUAAUCAAGAUCGAGGGCGCCUCGAUCGGCUCCGACCAAAAUUCUUCCGAGCAACGCAGGAUAAGUGGGACAGUGAGGAUGAUAGGCGACGGCGCCGUGCGAUGGAGCAUGCGUACCCGAUUUGGCGCAAGCAAUAAAACGGAAUGGGUCACCGAGGGCGUACAAAUUGGCUCCAUUGGAUCGGCUGCUGGUGUCAUCGGGUUGUGGACAGCUCCCGAGCAUAAUCGUACCGACCCAUUAGGGCCCUGGUGGAUGUGGAAGGUAUCUGAAGUCCCCGAGAUGGUCUGA